ACAAGGUCCGGAUCCCGAUUCAAGUCCAAGGGCUGGUAGCAAUUACUACUUUAUGGUCUUUUUGGAUGCGCAAGACGGGCUCCGGCGCAGAUGUGAAUGUUCUGGGACAGGAAUUAAUUGAAAUCAUGAUCCAGGUUCUGUCCAUUCCUUCCUUCUUUAUCUCGGGUAUUGAGGAAUCCAAAGGAAUGUUCGGUACUUGUUUCUCAGGUUUGGCCAUGGGACUGGAUAAGUGGUCUGGAUUGAUGGAACCCAAAAUUAUGGAUGGAUUAGUUGCAGGACUCAAGCUAGGACGUGUGAGCGCACAGGACACAGAUAUGGAGGGCAUUCAGGCUAGUCUGGCAACUGUGUUGAGGUCCAAUGUUUUGAACGAGAGCCCAGAGCCGAUCAAGGAAUUGAUCACAGCAUUCUUGCAGGAUUUUUAUGGAGCCUCUUCAAGUGCAGCACCGACACUAUCUACAGCUAAGAUUUUAUCGGUAUCAUCAGUUGUGAGUAAUAUUGAUGAGUUGUUCCAGGUUCUGAGGUUGUUUCAAUUUGUGGUGACGCAUAAGGCUGGCCUUGUUACCGUCAAGGAUGAUGAAGGCGAUAAGGACAAGAAGAGAAAGAAGAAGAAGAGUAAACCAAAGAAGGCUGUUCAGUUAAAGGGAGUAACUUGGUUUGAGGCAUUAAUCCAGGCACUACAAGAUACUUCAAAUAACGCCACCAUCCCUAGCCUACUGGCCGUUGCAGGUAUUCUUCGCGCUAUUCAACAUGCAGAAGAUGAUCCUCCCAGGGUGGAUGCCGACAGCUUGGCACUUAUUCAGGAUUUGUUUGUGACUAGUCUCAGGGUCAUUACUGAAGAGCUGAAAGGAACCAUCAGUAGUCCUGAGGAUAAUAUUGCUAUCUCGAAUGCCUCGGUGUUGUCAUCAAGGAUCCAAGCCUGCCUUGUCUUUGCCACUUCUCAGACCAUCCCCAACUUGCCUGCCUGUAAAUUGGAAGCGCUUGAUAGUUCCUUGUUGGCGGACCUUUUGCUAGACUAUGUACUUCAACAGAACGAGCAAAAAGGAGUCAUCCCUAUUACUGAAAUUUUCAGGACUAUAGCAUAUGAGAUAGCGCAACAGCAACAGCCACAACCAAAUCGCCUAAAGCUGAAUGGAAUGACCCACCAGCUGUUGACGACGACGACAAAAGGUCCUUUAUUCACAGAGAUAGGCAGGAUUGCUAGAACAAUAGCUACAUUGAUUGAAACAAUGGAUGAUUGGGGUAAAAUCGAGCAUUUACUGGAGAGAAUGCAUUCGUUCGCAAUCAACAUCCAUGUUGAUUGGUCGAGAUGUAGUCUAUCCAGUUACGACUCUUUUGUUAUCGAAGGCCAGCAGCAAAAGUCUGAACCGAGGCCAGAACCUGAUCCCGAGACAAGCAAAUCAAUGGCGAUGCUCUUCCAGGUUUUCAAGACCGUGCUCUUCGCAUAUACCAUGAUCUUUGGAUCCAUCAAUGAGAAGUGGGAAAAUGCAACAGUAGGCCUAACCUCACAAUUCGAUUUCCUGAUCCUGGACAGCUAUGCUCACUUGUUCUUCAUCACCUACAAACUGGGUCCAGGCAGCUUUCAGGUUUAUGAAGAGCUUAUCACUUCAAUCCUCACACGUAUGGUCACUUCUGAGGGAAUUGCGGCUACAUUACAGGAUACUGAUAAGGACGGCGAGUCUAGCAACCAUCAUGUCUUGCUCAACAAAACCCUCAAGCGUAUGAAGCCCCGUGCAGAGCUAGGGCUCUAUGAUCCGGUGAUGGAGAGUCGGACAUUGUUCUACAUGAAUCUGUUGGAACGAAUCAUGAUUGCAAUUGAAGAGCCGUUUUUGGAGCAUGAGCUCUUGCCGAUGGUGUAUCCUUACUUGCUUAAGAACGAUCAACGGGAUCUUUUUGAAUCUGCACACUCAGUCAUCAUGUCUGUCUUUUUGACCAACAAGACGAUUGCAAAACAAUUGGCUCCUUAUUACUCUAACUUGUUGUUGCAGCAUUUCCCGGAUCAAAUUAACAUUGAUCAGUUGAGAGCUGCGUUUACGACCAUGAUCAAAUCCUUAUCUGAGACGGAGGAUGCUCUAGCUUGGUUGUGCGUGGAGAAAUUACUGGAGAAGAUACAGCAGUACGAUACAGUGAUAGAGGCCGAUAUCAAAGCUCAAGAAUUAUCCCAAAAUGAGCAGGAAAAGGCAGUGGCAGCUUUGGCAAAGGAGCAACAGGAGCGCGAUAGUGAAAAGGCAUUGGUCCAGGUCGCGACAGAGGUGUACCAGGAUUUAAGCCCCCAAGACUCUGCAACUCAACUCCCAUCCCUUAAUACCCCAACACCCUCUCCUCCCCCACUAUCGAGUGCAGUACCACCAGCCACCUCUUCUUCUUCUUACUCAUCCUCAUCUUCUGUCACAAAAACAACUGCAUCGAUUGCAUCCUUAGAGCUUCAAAAGGAACGUGGACAAAUUCUGUUGGCACUGUUCGAUCAACUUUCAAGUCUCAACCUAGUUUUUGUUCAGACAUUGGGUGAUAAGAUCCGAGAGUUGUUGAGCAAGGAACAGAGCCCAGUGAGUCGGAAGGCGCUACUGAAGUGCAUCUUGGAUGUGGUAGGAGGACCUUCUGUGGAUCAGACAAAGCGUGAUUGGGCCGUGAAGUGGUAUUUAGGCCUUGUGAAUGAAUUUGGACGGGGCUCUUCUUCUUCUUCAUUAUCAUCAUCAUUGUCUACUCCAAUCUCAAUGAGCUUGCACAAACAUUAGAUUUGAUAAAAUAAAGGUAAAAUAAUAAAAGUAAUAUGUAGA